CAACUACAAAACAUUGAGAUGGAGUUCUUCGAUGUCUCUAUCCUUUGCUUCUUUGUUCUCCUAUUCUUCCUCUCCCUCCACUUCCUCUUCUAUAAUAACAAAUCCGGUGGAAGAAAGCUGCCACCCGGAAAUACUGGGUGGCCGUUCAUCGGUGAAAGCUUUGAGUUUCUCUCCACCGGAUGGAAAGGCCAUCCGGAGAAAUUCAUCUUCGACCGGAUGACCAAAUACUCACCUACCGUCUUUAAAACCUCAAUUCUCGGUGAACAAGCUGCCGUCUUCUGCGGCGCUGCCGGAAACAAGUUCUUAUUCUCCAACGAGAACAAGCUGGUUCAGGCAUGGUGGCCAAACUCCGUCAACAAAGUAUUCCCUUCUUCAACACAAACUUCCUCCAAAGAAGAAGCCAUUAAAAUGAGAAAAUUGCUACCCAACUUCUUGAAACCAGAAGCCCUUCAACAAUACAUCGGAAUCAUGGACCACAUCGCCCGCCGUCACUUUGCCGCCUGCUGGGAAAACAAAGACGAAGUCGUCGUUUUCCCUCUAGCCAAACGCUACACUUUCUGGCUUGCCGCUCGUUUGUUCAUCAGUGUUGAAGACCCAAACCAUGUUGCUAAAUUUGCGGACCCAUUCAACUUUUUGGUCUCAGGGAUUAUGUCUAUUCCGAUCGACUUGCCCGGAACGCCAUUUAAUCGCGCCAUUAAAGCUUCAAACUUCAUCAGAAAAGAGCUCUUCGCCAUUAUCAAGCAGAGAAAGAUUGAUCUGAGAGAGGGAAAAGCUUCCCCGACACAAGAUAUUCUCUCUCAUAUGCUUUUGACAAGCAAUGAAGCUGGGAAGUUCAUGAAUGAAUUGGACAUAGCUGAUAAGAUUUUGGGUUUGUUGAUUGGUGGCCAUGACACUGCGAGCUCUGCAUGCACUUUCGUCGUCAAGUACUUGGCUGAGCUGCCUGAGAUCUAUGAAGGUGUCUAUAAGGAGCAAAUGGAAAUUGCGAACUCAAAACGUCCCGGUGAACAGUUGAAUUGGGACGACAUUCAAAAGAUGAAGUAUUCAUGGAACGUAGUAUGUGAAGUGUUGAGACUUGCACCACCUGUGCAGGGAACUUUCAGAGAGGCCCUUACUGAUUUCAUGUAUAAUGGUUUUUCAAUUCCAAAAGGGUGGAAGAUAUAUUGGAGCACAAACUCGACACAUAGAAAUCCUCAAGUUUUCCCAGAUCCCAUGAAAUUCGAUCCCUCGAGAUUCAGUGGAACUGGACCUGCCCCUUACACAUUUGUGCCUUUUGGUGGUGGACCUAGAAUGUGUCCCGGAAAAGAGUAUGCAAGAUUAGAGAUACUUGUUUUCGUACACCACAUUGUGAAAAGGUUCAAGUGGGAGAAAAUAAUUCCCGAUGAGAAGAUUGUUGCUGAUCCCAUGCCUGCCCCAACAAAGGGACUUCCAGUUCGUCUCUAUCCUCACAAAGCUUAAAUUAAACUUUGAGGUCUAAGUCUCCUUCAUGCUUGAUUAAUCAAGUUGUAGCUAUACACAAGCAGACUAGUGCCUUAUUUACAAGCGUAACUCCUACCAGCUACAUCUUGAAAGACAUGAUUAUAAUGAAGGAUGGAGUUAUGAUUAAUUUCUCAAGUUGGAGGACAAAUGAAAAGCUGACAAAAGAUAUAUAUAGUGGGACUAGAAAUUACGUGUUUAAGC